GGCAAUUCCCUCAUACAUUUUUUCAGCUCCCAUCACUGAUCAGGACUGAACACGUGGAUUAUCUGAUCUCCUGUGGUUUCUAGAAGCAGGAAAUCCAGGAGCUGGCAGGAGGGGAAUGAACCGUGAGGGCGUCCCCGGGAAGAGUCCGGAGGAGAUGUACAUCCAGCAGAAAGUGAGAGUCCUGCUCAUGCUCAGGAAGAUGGGAUCAAACCUGACGGCCAGCGAGGAGGAGUUCCUGCGCACGUACGCGGGAGUGGUGAACAGCCAGCUGAGCCAGCUGCCCCAGCACUCCAUCGACCAGGGUGCUGAGGAUGUUGUGAUGGCAUUUUCCAGAUCAGAGACAGAAGACAGAAGACAGUAACCACAGGACACGUGAACAACACCGAACUGGGGAGGACAGUGAGAUUCCUGAAGAUAGAGGAGGAUGGCUGAGCAUUAAUAAGUUCCUCUGCCCACCCUAAUUGUUCCUUGGUGUUCCUUCUCCUCUGUAAUGUUGUUUCCCUUUGCCCAACCCUCAGAAUGCAUCUCACAGCCGUCUAUUCCUGGCAGAUUUUGCAACUCAGCCGGGCUGUGUUCAUUAAGGACAAACCUAAAGGUGUGGUUUUGGUUGGCUCAAAGGGACAGGCUGUGGUUGGAUAAAGGAAGGCAAUUUUUCAAACUUGACCAAUGGAAACCUUUUAUCUGACAUUUUAUUUUAUAUUUUAAACAAAGUCUCUUGACAUCCUACUUUUAAAGAAGCUUUUCAUGCUGUGGUGCUUAUUUAGGUCAAACUUGUGAAUUUGAAGAGGGUUUGAUUUGGCUGCAUAGAACUGGAAGCAACUUGUGAUUGGGUGACAAUGCAAAAGCUUUCCCUUCAGUUGGAUUGCAGGUAUUUUGCUGACUCCAACAUUUUCGUUGCUGGAAGCUGAUGUUUUUGGUGCAUUGUUUAUUUCUUUAUACUUAUUGACUUGGGGGGGAAAAGACAAAUGUGCUUUGCAAUAUUUAUUACAUCUACACACAUAUAACGCUUGCUUUUGGGGGGUUGUUUUGGUUUUUUGAUUGGCUUUGAAGUCAUGGUUUGAUUUCCUUUUGGCUGCAGUGUUUCUGAUGCAAUCAGUUUUUCCAUACUCAGCUGCUCUCUGGCCUCCAGCUCUUUUGGGAGCAUGUGUCAAAGCAGAUUUGGUUCAGGAGGUGCACCUGGCCAGGCUGGAGGCCAGAGCUGCCCAGCCCUGGUGGCCACUGGGGGCUGUGCCCAGCACUCCUGCCUGCCCUGGGGCUUCUCUUGGCUUCCCCCAGAGGAGCUGGAGAUGUUCUGCAGGAAUUGCAGGAAUGAGAUCUGAGGCUGCCACAUGAAUUUGCCAAAUUUGUAUAGAGAAUAUGUGAACUUGUUUAAAAUACUAGAGUUCCACUUUAACCCUUUGAUUGCUGCACAAGACUAGCUCUCACAUUAAGAACAAUUAACGAUCAUUAAAUUAAAUCCAGCUUGCACUGGGCUUUAAUAAACGGAAGUUUCUAGUCACUUGAAAAAUUGUACAUGGCUUCCCUCCUUGCAGCUGUUUGGUGAUAGGGAAAUUCCCUGGAUCCUGGGCUGACAGCAUGUUCUUGAGGCACUGUUCCAGGAGGCAGCAGUGCUGCAUUAGGCUGAGUGUGCAGUGACACUCCCAGGUUUGCUCUCUGUAGCUGCAGGGUCCUUACACAGACCUUUACAGACUGAAAAAGCUGCAGUGGAAUUCCCGAGGUGCACUGACUGUUCAGGAAUCUGCACAGUCUCCAGCACUGCUGCCUAAAACCAAGCACUUCAUUUUCUCUCACGUGUGCAGGUGCUUUUAACAAAACUUCUGGAUUUUGCUGUGGGUUGCACUGACUUCGAGAUGUUUCAGAAUCUAUUAAAGCUGAACCCAAUUUA